AUGAACGAGUAUGGAAAGAACUUUGCUGAGCGACGCAAGGAGUUGCAAAAGAUGGCCCUGUACAACCUCGAAAAAGCUCAAGCCCGCCAAAAGGAAUACUCUGAUCUUAAGAAAGCUGAAGUGGAAUUUAAAGUCGGUGAAAAGGUCAUGCUAGCUACACGCGGCAUUCCGUUAGAGCAUGUACAGUACAGCCACUCGACAAGCGAGAGAAGUCAAAGCUCGUACCACGAUUCAUUGGUCCCUUCAAUGUGA